AGUGAAGAAUGAAUAAGAAAAAUUCUUCCCCUCUCUUCUCUUGUGUCUUUGUCUCUCUAAUCUUCUCUUGUAGUUGUUUAUAUUUUCAUUAGUUGUUUAUAUUUUCAUUAGUUUUACAACGGCUAGAAAAUUUUCUAAACUAAUCCUCAAACUAGUAAAAGGCUUUUUUUAAACUAAUCAUUAAAGCAUUUCUGCUAAUUAAUGUUCAUUUGUUGUCUCCCGAUUCGAUCUGGAUCGAAGAAACAUGAUUAGGAGAUAAUCCACCUUCCCUCUCACUCUCUGACACCUCAGUCAGUUAGUCUCCUGUCUCUCUCACACUCCCGUCUGACUCAUCUUCUUUUGCUACGGGAAGAUCUCAAGACCAAUCAAAGUCCUAAAAAUAAUUAAUUUUCAGAGCCGUGCCCCCUGUAUAGAUUGUUUGGAAAAAUACAAGUGGGGAGACAGACAGACAAUACAAUAGAGAAUUUCAAGAAUAAUAGUCGUCGAAGAAAAAAAAGAGACCCCUUUCCAUCCAGAAAAACACUGAUAUUGAUCGAAUCGUGCCUUCGUUUCUUUCUUUCUUUUUUCUUCCUUCUCCGCCUUCCUCCUUCGGUAUUUUCCUUUCAGUUUCAGCCCCCUUUUCUGGUUUGCCCGGAAAAAAGAACACGUUUUCAGAUGAGAAGAAGUAAAGAAAGGAAGUAAAGGUGCCAUCUGGGACUCCUUCUUCUCCAUGGCUUCUCUCUGGUCCUUCCUCUUCCUCCUCUCCUCGUUUUCUAUGUUCGCCUGCUUCUCCUCCGUAUCCAGCGAGGAGAAUGACAUCGCCAUCACGCCCAUCAAUCGAGAUCUCUACCAUUCCAGUUCUGAUUUAUUGGAGCAGAUUAAUUCGUUGGUUCAUCGUCACCCUGACAAGCUCACCAUGGAGACCAUAGCCAAUGGGAACAAAGGCUACCAAGCAGAGAUGACCGUAGUUACUUACUCCAGAAGCUCGAUCAAGGACGGUGAUGACCGGUCCAAGUUUCGGAUUCUUCUGAGUUUUGGGCAGCAUGGAAGAGAACUCGUUACCACGGAGCUCGCACUUCGGAUCUUAUCUAUAUUGAGUGAGGAACAGUUCCUGCCUAAUGUGGAUCGCGAUGCUUUCAACAGCACCCUGGACAAGCUUGUCAUCAAGAUGGUGCCAGUGGAGAACUUGAAUGGCCGAAAACUUGUUGAGCAAGGAGAUCUUUGUGAGAGGAGGAACGGAAGAGGAGUUGAUCUCAACAGGAACUGGAGUGUUGAUUGGGGUAAAAAAGAGAAGGAUUAUGAUCCUUAUGAAGAGAAUCCAGGCACUGCUCCUUUCAGUGAGCCUGAAACCCAAACAAUGCGGAGACUUGCCUUAUCUUUCGAUCCUCAUGUUUGGAUUAAUGUACACUCUGGAAUGGAGGCUUUGUUCAUGCCUUACGAUCACAAGAACACGACGCCCGAAGGAUCUGCCUCGCAAAAAAUGAGAUCAUUGCUCAAUCGAGUGAACAAAGAUCACUGCUAUGAUCGUUGUAUGGUUGGAUCUGGGGGAGGCUCUGUUGGGUAUCUUGCCCAUGGCACAGCAACAGAUUACAUGUACGAUGUUGUGAAAGUUCCCAUGGCUUUCACCUUUGAGAUGUAUGGGGAUUCCACAGCUUCAGCAAAGGACUGUUUCAAAAUGUUCAAUCCUAUUGAUCAUGCUACCUUCAAUAGAGUUCUCAACGAUUGGUCGGCUGCAUUCUUUGAGAUUUUCAAAACAGGACCAAACCACAUGGACGAAGCCCAUUCGAAGGCAGCUGCAUCAGGCCAGGAGAAGUUUGUAUCAAUCGACGAGUAUCUUGAUGGAUACUUGAUGGAGAGAAAGAAUAGAUAUGGGAAGAAGAUAGAGGUUUUGGAUCUAGGAAUGCAGGAAAUAAGAACAUAUUUUAGGCUAUUUUUGUUGUCAUCAGUCCUAUUGUUGUUCAUGUUUUGUUCUAGGAUUUCUAAGAGCAUGUCUAGCAGACCUAUUGUCUCAGCUUUACCUCUCUAAGAGACAGGUUUGAGAGACAGAGAUUGUAUGUUGUAUUCUUUUUUUAGUAAGAUGAUCUGAUCAUUGUAAUUAAACUUGAUGUACACCAUUUUUGGCCCUUCAUGGAGAUUGAGUUGUUCCAAUACCAAAGUUGAUAAGUUGUCGGUAAGGAGGGGUGGGAUUCUAUCAGAUCGGUGUUGUAACGAAUUAUAAAAUUGACAAUGCUGUAAAGUAAAGAACACCUAGAUUUAAGUGGCUCACUAACAUGAUUCAUGUUAACUAAUCCACGAGUAAUCCACGAGUAAGAGAUAUCAGUUUCACUAUAUUUGAGCAUAUAUAUUAUAUAUAGUACCGUAAUUGAGAGUAUAUAUAGAACAUAAAAAUGGGGUAAUUAGUAUAAACGGUCACAAACCUAUUCACUUUGUAGGAAACGGUCACAAACCUUUAAUUUUGCACGUUUUAGUAACAUACGUUUGAGAGAAUAACAAAAUGAUCAUUCCGUCCAUCUCCAUCCAGAAAAACCGUUAAUUUUGUCGAGUCAGCAUGCCACGUUACUUAAAAUAUUAAUAACAACUUUGAUGAGCAAACCCAAUUGAACCGGACUGCCCAACCGAAAGCCAUAACUCUAUACCACCCAACAGAGCGAAUCAGCGAAGGGACACCUCCCAGGUCGCGCCGCCGAUAGCCAAAAACCAUUGAAGGGUUGCCGAUAGCUUCUCCGGGUCGCGUCGCCAGCCGAAACCAACGAAGGGUCGCCGCCUCUUUCCCCUGCUCAAAUCGAAUCUCCUAGCUGAAUUGUCUAUUGCUUUCGCUAAUGGUUUCCCGGAUGAGCGAUGUAGAUAAUUUCUGGUUUUUUGUAUUUGAUGGGUGUUUUCUCGAUCAUUGGUAAUUGGUCUGGGAAGGCUUGAAUGAGAUUGUGUUAGAAUGGCUUGCUUCAUGAUAAGCUGGGAAUUUUGUUAGCUUCAUAGCUUUAGGUUUCAUAAAGGGAGAACAGAACAGUUACUUGUUGUUAAUUUAUGUUGCAGUGAAAGUAGGGAUUCCGGAGUUCUUGAAUGGAAUAGGGAAAGGUGUUGAGAACCAUGCGGCCAAGAUUGAAAAUGAGAUCGGAGACUUUCAGAAACUUCUCGUUAGCGACGCAACCAGGGCGGCAACCCUUCGUUGGUUUCGGCCUGAGACGCGAUCCAGAGAAGCUAUCGGCGACGGGAGACUGUUCUGUGGGUGCGAUUCUGGGGACGACGGGAGAAGCUAUCGACGACCCUUUGUUGGAUUCUGGAUAUCGGCAACGCGUCCUGGGCGGACAACCCUCCAACAUUUUUUUUACUAACUAGUCUCCAAGAUUUUGGGUGGUACAGAGUUAGGAUUUUUGGUUGGGCAGUCCGCAGUGCGGUUCAAUUGGAUUUGGUUAUUAAACUUUUUUAUUAGUAUUUUAAGUGAUGUGGCGUGCUGACUGGAUAAAACUAACGGUUUUUUGGACGGGAUGGACGGAAUGACUAUUUCGUUAUUCUCUCAAACGUAUGUUACUAAAACGUGCAAAAUUAAAGGUUUGUGACCAUUUUGUACAAAAUAAAUAGGUUUGUGACCUUUUAUGCUAACUAUCCAUAAAAAUGUUAGAGAGCUCAGAGCAGGCCAAAACAGUAAAACGUAGCAACCAGGAAAGUUACGUAUGUACUUCUGUGAAGAAACAACACGAAUAUGUAACACCUGCAGUGUGAAGAAACCCCCAAUCGGUUUGUAUAAUACAAGAAACUAGGUAGAGGACGUGCCUAGAAAAGCAAGCUUGCGUCUUGAAUGCAAGGAGAGCGAGCGUGAAGCACCCUUUACAUCUUUACAAGCUUUGAGUUUGGGGUCGGUUAGCAUGCUAACCGCCUUAGGGGUUGGAAAAAUGACACCCCUAGUAUAUUAAAUACAACUAUAGAAUUUAA